AUGGCGGAGAAGGAAGCGACGGUCUUCAUCCUCGACCUUGGCGCGUCCAUGGGAAAGUCUCGCAGCGGCCGCAGUGAAUCUGACCUGGACUGGAGCAUGCGCUAUGUGUGGGACAAGAUUUCCGAUAUUGUCUCUGCGAACCGAAAGACACUCUGUGUCGGUGUAGUUGGCCUACGAACUGACGAAACCAGAAACCCGUUGAUGGCGGACGAUGGCUACGAGAACAUCUCGGUGCUGCAGGAGCUUGGGCCAAUGACCAUGACAUCUCUCAAAAGUUUACAAACGAGCAUAAAACCGAGCAAGACAUAUUCUGGAGAUGCCAUCUCCGCCAUUGUUGUCGCUGUCGACAUGAUAGACACCUUCACCAAGAAGCUCAAAUGGACUCGCAAGAUUGUCAUGAUCACAGAUGCCCAAAGCGCCAUUGAUCCUGACGACAUUGGAGAUAUCGCACACAAAAUCAACGACUCCAACAUUACCCUUACUGUCCUUGGUGUCGAUUUUGACGACCCCGAAUAUGGCUUCAAGGAAGAGGAUAAGUCACCGACCAAGGCCGAUAAUGAAAAGACUCUCAAAUCACUAGCUGAUCAAUGCACUGGCGGUGUCUUCGCAUCCAUUGUGGAGGCUAUUGAUGAGAUUGACACCCCUCGUGUAAAACAGGUCAAGCCAUACAAAACCUACGACGGCACCCUGGUUCUAGGCGAUCCAGAGAAAUUUCCUUCCGCCCUGAACAUCAACGUCGAACGCUACUUUAAGACUCACGUCGCCCGACAAAUCGCAGCCAGCACUGUUGUGCUGAAGUCAGAGCAAGGAGGGACACAGUCGACACACACCUUGGAAGAGGAGCCUAUGGAUGGAGUCGAAUUCUCUGCUGUCAAGCAGGCGAGAACAUACAAAGUCAACGCCCCCGAUGCACCGGGAGGCAAAAAGGACGUCGAGUUUGAAACCCUGGCCAAGGGAUUCGAAUACGGAAGAACUGCCGUCCACAUCAGCGAGUCGGAGCACAACAUUACAAAACUCGAGACUACAAAGAGCUUCUCAAUACUGGGCUUCAUCCCAUGGGAUAAAUGGGAGCCCUUUCUCGGUAUGGGCGAUGUCUGCGUCACCCACGCCAGGAAGUUUGACGAAAAAUCCGAGCUCGCCAUGUCGUCGCUUGUCUGGGGCCUUAACGAGCUCGAGUCGUAUGCGGUCGCUCGACUUGUCACCAAGGACGGCAAAGAACCAAUCUUGGUGCUUCUUGCACCAGGCCUGGAACCUGAACUCGAAUGCCUCUAUGACAUCCCUCUUCCUUUUGCUGAAGAUGUCAGAGCCUAUAAAUUCCCGCCGCUGGACAAAGUCAUCACCGUGACAGGGAAAACGCUUACUACCCAUCGCUUGCUACCAACGGACGAGCUAAACGAAGCCAUGGGCGAAUACGUUGAUGCAAUGGACCUUGAUUCAUACGGCAUGGAUGAUCAGGGUGAACCGGCCGAGUUUGCGCCAAUUGACGAAACCUACAAUCCAAUCAUCCACCGCAUAAAUAAUGCUGUCAAACAGCGCGCUGUAUAUCCCGAUCGGCCGAUCGAGGACAUUCCUUCGGUACUGCUUCGCUACGCCAAACCACCGCAAGAUUUAAUUGAUCGAGUGCAAGAUCGUAUAGAAAAUCUCAUCAAGGAGGCCGAAGUCAAGAAAGGUAUGCCCGACUCUACCCAAAGUACCGGCCACGCUAACCAUCAAAAAGUACCCCCCAAAGCCAAGGGAAGACGCAACAGGGAAGCUGUCAAGCCUCUUUCAGGUCUCGACGUUGAUGCUCUCCUUGGCGGCGACAGCAAAGGCCAAAUCACACCCGAGAACGCCGUGCCCGAUUUCAAGCGGGCCAUGGCGACCUCGGAGGAAAUUUCGGAUAUACAAAGCGCUGCCAAGCAAAUGGGUGACAUUAUCAAGUCACUGAUUACGGACAGCUUUGGCGACAGCAAGUACGCGCAGGCUGUGGAGUGUAUUGGUGUCAUGCGAGAUGAAUUAAUCAACAUGGAGGAGCCCGAGAUGUUUAACGCCUUUGCACGGGAGCUGAAGAAGAUGCUGCUCUCCGGUACACUGGGCGGCGAUAGGCGAGACUUUUGGUUCAAGGUACGGUGGUCGCGCCUAGGAUUGAUCGAGCAGAGCCAGUCGGAUGUCUCCAAGGUCACGGCGGACGAAGCGGACGAGAUAGUGCUGUAG